AUGGCAUCACCGGCGACCGCCAUGCAGACGAACCCCAACUGGCAGCAGAUGCAGGAGGUGACCGCCAAGCUGCGCCAGACUGAGAAAUGGGCUAACAGAAUCAAGGAAAAUCUUCGACAGCUCAACAGCGCGUUGGCUGCCCGACCACAAAUGCAAUUACACAGGUCACGUGAAGAACAGCUUGAUGUGGUAUCCAGUCAGGUUGAGCGAAAGGCACGUGACCUGUCCGACUGGCCGCGUCUCCUGAAGAAGGAAUCUGGCAUCAGAAGGCGUAUCUUGGCCUGCUUGGGUCGCUCUUGCCGCGGAUUCUGUUUGUGUGGAAAUGCUGCCCAGUCCCAGUCUGCCGAGCCUGACCGGGCCAAGCCGGCACAAGCCUUGGCUGACGCACAGGCACGGGCCUCCGCCUCCGCCCCUGCAAUGGCACAUCAGGGAGACAAGGUGCAGGUCCAACCGCCGAUGCGUCAGCUGCAGACGGAGCAGCGACAGGUGCAGCAACAGCUGCUCCCAAAGCAACAGCUGCAGCAGCAACCGCAGUACUUCCAACAGCACCAUCAGCUGCACCGGAUGCAGCCUGGGUACGCUCACCAGAUUCAGCACCAGGUGCAGCGUGAGUAUGGCACAGCGAUGCAGAGAUGCAUGCCUGGCGCGGACAUAUCGCAGCCGGGUCCUCUCGAUCCGCAACCUAUGCAGGCGCAGAAGGAUUUCAACUCGACGGCUCACAAGCAGAUGCAGGAGGUGACCGCCAAGCUGCGCCAGACUGAGAAACAGGCCGAGAGAAUCAAGGACAAUCUUCGACAGCUCAACAGCGCAUGGGCUGCCCGACCACGGAUGCACAGGCCGGGGGAGGCCACUGCCUCCGUCCCGGGAGUUCAUGUCCAAGCUGCGGUGAAGGGAUGCAUCGUCGUUGCAUGA